ACACAACCUCGACAUCAAUUAAUAACAAUUCUUCUCGGACUCAUUAAACAAGAUGAGAGCCAAACGUUCCAAGAAAUAUCGUAAGCUCAUGCAUCAGUAUGAGCUUACCUUUGGUUUCCAUGAGCCUUAUCAAGUAUUAGUCGACUCGAAUUUCUUGCGCGCAGUACAUCAAUUCAAAAUGGAUCUUAUACCAGCCCUUGAGCGAACGCUGCAAGGCAAAGCCAAGCCAUUGUUAUCGAAAUGCUCGCUCGCUGCUAUCAUGGCCGCUCAACCCAUCAAUCCUAAGACAAAUAAGCCAUACCGGCCCUACCACCUUCCUCCGCCAACCGAGCUACCACUGCGACACUGCUCCCAUAACGAUGACGAUACCCCCAUUGACGAAGUCGAAUGUCUUUUAUCACUGAUCUGCCCAAACACGGAUACAAUGCGCAAUAAAGAGCACUAUAUUCUUGCGACCGCUGAGCCCGUCCCAUUGCCGCAGGACGACGUCAAUUCAGAUAACCCUAAACAACGAAGACAAGCAGAAGCAUUAAUGAAGGAACGCAGCGAGAAAGCGGUCGCUCUACGAUCAGGCGCACGUGCUGUUCCGGGUGUACCAAUUAUAUACGUCAAAAGAUCAGUCAUGGUUUUAGAGCCGUUCAGUAUACCGUCUGAAAAAGUGCGAUUGGGCGUCGAGAAGAGCAAGUUCAAAGUCGGUAUGGAGGCGGCGCUGGAUGUAGUCAAUAAUCUCAAACGGAAGAGGGAGGACGAAGAGGACGGUCCAUCUACUUCAGCUCGAGAUCGAACUGCCAAAAAGGCCAAAGCACCGAAUCCGCUUAGUAUGAAAAAGCCAAAGAGGCGAGAGAAACAAAAGCCUGAGGAACAAGGGAAGAAGAAAGACAAGAAGCCGGAACCCGACAGUCGGGAUGAGGGCACUCAAGAUAAUGCGGCCGAUGCGGAAGGAGAACAGUCAGGCAAGAAGAAGCGUAAGAGGAAGCAUAAGAGUUCGAAAUCUGGAAACGCUGUCGAAUCUGCGGAUGGUGCUGUCUCUAAUGAAGUUCACUCUGCAGGGGAUGAUUGAUUUAUGCUUUUCAAAUCAUUAUGCGGCGUUUUGGUGUUUACUACUUUAGAGAUUCCAAAAGUGUA